CGCGGCUCCCGCCGGCAGGCUUGCGUCCACGGUGACGUCAGACGCAGCCUCAGGAAUUCAGCGCAGCAGGCCGAGGAGAGUCGGGGCCGUAGCUGAAGCAGUGUUUAUCGAGCAAUGGAGGGACCGAGGAAGUGUUACCCCCCUCUGCGCCGGGUGCUGGUGUCUGGUGGCACCCACGGCAACGAGCUGGGAGGGGUUUAUGUGGUGAGACACGGCGCCCCCUGUCUGCGGAGACCCUCUUUCAGCACCCAGACGGUGCUGACCAACCCCAGAGCCACAGCCGGCGGGGUGCGCCACAUCGACACCGACCUGAACCGCUGCUUCACCCUGGAGGCGCUCAGUCAGUGUGCCUCAGCUGACUCCCCUUACGAGGUCCGGAGAGCUCUGGAGUUGAACCAGACCUUUGGCCCCAAAGGGUCAGAUCAAGCUGUGGACUUCAUCUGUGACCUUCACAACACCACUGCCAACACACAGGCCUGCCUGAUCUGUGACACUCAGUCUGACUACCUGUCACUGCAUGCUGCCAGAUACCUUCAGGUACUGACCUAGGUGCUCACUGGUGAAUUCUCACAUUUGCACCCUGUGCUCCACACCACAUACUCUCCUAAGGCUUGACCUUGAUCUGAGGAGCAUCAGUUUCUACACGUUUGCUGACGUCUGCUCCUGAAAAAUGGGUUGGGAAGGAACUCUUCAUGAAGUUUAGAUUGCCAUCACUUGGACCUUCCCUGUGUUAAUGUACUCAGUAUCAGGCAAAUUCAAGAAAAAGAGCACAGCGUGUUGCAAGCACAGUUAAAAAAGCAUAUUUGACUUUUAGAUGAUGAAAAAGAAGAGGAUGAUGUGCUAAAGAACUAUUUUGCUCAGGUGCUCAGCAAAGAAGAACCAGCACCGUGACUCGGGCAGCAGAAGGACAAGGUUCUGUGUUAAACAGAGUCAGGAGAGCAGAGGGAGAAGAGGUUCAGUUCCAGAAGCUCUGGGUGUUAAUAAAUCCCCAGAGCCUGGUGGGAUCUCACCAGCUGUGCUCCUGGCAAUGAGAGAUAUUCAGAAACUGUUGACACUACUCCUCCAACAGUCCCUAAAUAACAGAGAUAGGACCCAGGGGCUGGAGAGCAGCUCCUGUAAUACCUUUCUCAUAAAGAAGAGAGGAGUGUAAACUGAACCAGGUGAUUAUAGACCAAGAAAUCUGACUUCUCUUACAUGUAAGGUAAAGGAAACAAUUCUUAGAACUGAACUAGUGGAUCACCUAUAUGGCUGUAAGGUCCUAGGAAAAUAGUCCAAAUGGACUCAGAAAAGGUAGGCAUUUUCAAACAACAAAACUUUAAAACAAGUUGUCUCGACCAACUUGUUAGUGUUCUUCAAUCAA